CAAAUCAUUAAAUUCAUUCUUUGAUCUUUUCAAUGGGAAUGAAAGAUGUCACCAGCAGCGCAAACGCACGUACUUCUUGUGUUAACACUUCAAGAAAAGACACAUUAAACUCUUCACUCAGAGUCAAUUAAGUUUAUAAAACCUUUUAUCCUUCGCCUCUGCCGUGGCGUGUGCUUCAAAGCGAGGGAGACGCAAACCCAGGCAUUUCUCUGUUGUAUUUGUUUUAGAUUAGCUGAACAAACCCGAAUCCAUUCAGUCUAAUGCUUUUAUUGUAGCUCUCAUUGUCAAGUCGCAAUUUGUUCAUUUGCCUUAUCUUAAUGAGAGUGUCUCCCAUUAGUGUGGGACCAGAAGAAUCUUAAUGCUUUAUGACAUCACAAUCCACCAUUGCCCAGCAACCUGGGCAGCUGUCAGUCAAUAAUACGAGUGAAGGGAGAGUUUAAAAAGAGCGCUCGGGAUUCCCGAGGGUCCAGAACCAGAACCACAGCUCCGAAGAGACACUCCGUGAAGGGAAAACAGAGGUUUGAGAUGAGACUGUGUGAGUUGCAGUGUUAUUUGGCCCUGUUGGGUCUGUCUCUUGUGCUGUGUGGUCGCAGUGCAAACUCCCAGCUAGAACCGGACCUGGACUUCCGCCAUCGCAGACUUCUGCAGAGAGCACGAGCGAUCGGACAGGCUACACAGGACUGGACCAAGAAAGACAUUGAAGAACUUCUCUCCCUGCUCUCCAUGCCUGAAAUGGAGAUGCGCGAGAAUGAUAUUUCAACGGUGGAUGAAAACGAGGACCUACGUGUGGAGCUAGAGCGUUCCGCAGAGAGCUCGAACCACAUUCCCGCUCGGGAACGUAAAGCGGGAUGCAAAAACUUCUACUGGAAGGGCUUCACUUCCUGCUGAGGCCCUCACUUGAAGUUGCCAACUAACACCCUCUCAAAUCUCUUGCUAACCUAACCGCUGUGGUCAAACCACCAGUUAAUUGGUUCUGUCCGCCAAUCGACUGAUGUGAAGUUAAUAAACUACGAAAUAAAGAAUAAAAAUAAAAGGG